AUGGUCACCAUCGUACACCUCCCCACCGAAAUCCUACAUGUCAUCGCCGUCGAGCUAAGCCUUGACUGCGAACAUGAUCCCGACCACAGCUUUGGCAACUACCGCAAACGCAAUAAAGUCCGCAGAAGACACUUGGCGCGGUUGGCAGGAACAUGUCGCCGAUUCUACGACAUCGUCAACCCCAUCCUGUGGAGGCGCCACUGGAAGGAGGCCUUGCUGUCAAGUGCCGAACACGGUCGGCAUGCUAUCAUCGACUUCCUCGCCGACAAUCAAGCCAAGUUAUGUUUGAAGGGCUUGGGUGCGGGGGCGAAUUGCUUCGAUUACAAGUUCGCUGAAACCGAGCGCUGGGACACGUUUUACGACAACUACCCUCACGACGAAAUGUUCGUAAUAUAUGAAGACCACUGCCUAUAUGAAGUUCCCCUGUACCCCGCCAUAGUCGUUCCCGCCAUGGAUACCACUCUUAACAAGGACCCUGCUGCCACAGUCAUGUACAUGAUCACCAAGGGACAGGCAAGCCCCUAUGGUAUUUCGCGAGACCCGUGCUGGUGCUAUCGUCAACCUGACAACGACCCUCAUAUCCCCUUCUGGCGACCCAUAUUCCAUACCCUGUUAUGUGGGUCGACUGUGUACCUAAAGCGCUACUGCUCCCCAGGGAAAUAUGGGAUCGUGCAUCGUAUGCUCUGCGAUAUCAAAGACUUUGAUCUCAGGCAAGCUUACGGGGACGAUGAUUUGCUGUCCUGGCUUAUCUGUCGGAGCAGCCCUCACAAUGGGGCACCUGAACACUUGCCAGAUAUUGUCAACCUGUUGAUCACGAUGUACGGGCUGGACCUCAAUCAAGGUUCUUCGUUAGUAAGAGGGGGGUUUGGUCUUGUUUCUGGGAUACGCGGGGUCUCUUAUCCUGAGCGCAUGCCACUUCACGAUGCGAUCAGGACGCUCGCGAACGUAGACAAGCGUGACUUGGAUAGAAUUCCUCAUGAUUACGGCUACGACUACAUUCUUGACACAAUCUGUCGUCUCUUCCGCCACGGAGCCGACCCAUCUCUUGUAUGCCUAGUUUGUGGGUACCAUAUUCGCCGCUAUAUCCGCGGCUCUUAUGAGGCAUGGCCAGUCACUGCUAUGGGGAUGUUUUUGUAUGUCUGGUGGAAGAGACGGAUUCAUACACCGAGGUAUAUUCGGCGGCAUUGGAAUGAUUCUUGGGAUUGGCGACCAUUAGCAGGAAUUCUCAUAUCUAACGGCGCCCGAUGUCACUUUGAUGGGAACUGGGAAUGUCCUGGACCUUUUGAUUUCGAGUUCUUCAUGGCUGCGCUGGAGGGUUCCUGCGAGACGCGUGAUGUGGAUAUGCUCAGACUUGUGGUUGAUAAUCUUGCGCCGAGUCUUCACCAAGAAGGACUUUUCACACCAAAAUUAUGGGAGAUGUUAGAGCCGGUCCCGGACAAGCUUGCUGGUUUCUCGGACACUUGGGAGGGUGAGAGCGCUAGGGCUGAGUGGUGGACGGCGCGAAGAGUCGACUCGAACUGGGCCACACACUUGGCCAAGUGCUCGAGACUAUGGGAAAAGUGGCAUGUACCAGUACAGUCGGUAGGGACGGAGUCCAACAGUUGUAUGAGGACCGAGGAAUGGGCGGAAGGCCUUUCUCUUCUUGCCAAGCUUCCAUUUUCGGCGGAUGACGCGCAACCUCAGAAUGGUAGUCAGUAG